AUGGCCCGCCGCUCCGCACGAAGAUUGUCCCUGGCAGUAGUAUGUUGCUCUGCAAUUUGGUCGAGCACCUUCGUCGCACAACGACCCAAGGCUUUGCUGUCCAGUCUACAUGUGGCUGCUGCCGGAUUUGCUUCGCCUAUGGUGGAUGUGGCAAGAGCAAAUGCUGAGAGUUUCUCUUUCCUUGGAAAAAAUUCAGCCGAACUCUUUCCUGUGUCCAACGUCAGUCUGCUGACAUGGGGUCUACUGAUUUUUCUGCCCAGUUGGGAAUAUCUGAAGCCGGCCGCCUUGGUGGCCCCGGUGGUGAAUGCGGUGCUUUAUGUGGCGACCAUCAGUUUUCUCUUGACACAUCCAGAUCCAGCAGUCUUGUCAGCAGAUCUUCUAAGCCUGGAUGGAGUUGUAACUGCUUUCCGGAAUCCGGAUGGAGUCCUGGCAGGGUGGCUUCACUACUGUGUGUUUGAUCCCUUGGUUGGCUUGGGAGAGGUGCUUGACAGCCAGCAGAACAAGCUGCCACACUUCCUGGUUGUGCCCUGCUUGAUCUUGACCUUGCUCUUUGGACCCAUUGGUUUCCUUUCGUAUUUGGCAGUCAGAACCGUUUGCCUUGCAAGCAGACCAGCCUGA